CAAAAGGCCAUCGGAAGAAGCUCUGAGGAGAUGGAGACGUGCAGUUUCUGUGGUCAAGAACCCUCGCCGCAGGUUUCGCAUGGUUGCUGAUCUUGCUAAACGUGCUGAAGCUGACCGCAAGCGCAUAAACCUCCAGGAUGUCCCUGACUGAGACUCAUGUGGUUCACCCUAUCGUCUCAUUUGGUUCAUAUUGAUUUGCGCGAAACAAACAAAGCGCAGGCUGGCAGGCUAGCAAGAUAGUCGUCGUCGUCGUCUACCUCUACAUAAUACAAACUAAUUAAUUGCGUGAUAUAAGAAGCAAACAGUACAGUCCUUCAAUUCUCCCUGAUGGGGCGGUCAUUUGGCAUGUUUUCUGAGGUCAGCUUCCUCGUUAGAAAUGUCGAAAACGCGUACAAUCAUAUCAACUACGUACGCAGAAAAUAAAACCAAGUCCAUUCAUUGAUGGCUGCUGAACUUUGGUUCUUGCUUUGAGCUGGCAUCUGAUUCUGUAGUUGGCAGUUGGGGAACAAUGGGAACUUUCCUAGGCUUCGGGACCAGUCUCUUCUGUCAUCUGUAAUUUCAAACCAAAAGAAGUUUCUUCCAUAGAAUUUCAAAGUACGGGUCAAAAAGGAAAAGUUAAGAGUAGCUCUUUACGUGCAAAAAGCGGCGUUGCAUUUCAUCGAUGAACAGCAGGCAAGCGAGUCCAAUACAAGCUUCCGGAAGAUGUCAGGCAAGCUGGUUUUGACAUUGGAGCUGAUGAGCUAGCAUUCGUUGUUCACUCCCAUGACAUGAAGAGCUUCGAAGAUCAUGGAGGAGUUGAAGGCUUAGCAAAAAAGGUCUCUGUAUCUCUGACCGACGGUGUUGUUCCAACUAAUAUUCCACUCAGGCAAAAAAUAUAUGGCUGCAACCAAUUUGCUGAGAAACCUGCUAGAUCCUUUUGGAUGUUUGUAUGGGAAGCCCUGCAUGACUUGACUUUGAUUAUUCUCAUGGUAUGUGCUGCUGUUUCUAUAGGUGUUGGAAUUGCUACUGAAGGGUGGCCUGCAGGUAUGUUUGAUGGGAUAGGAAUUGUACUCUGCAUUUUCCUGGUGGUUUUGGUCACGGCCAUAAGUGAUUACAAGCAGUCCUUGCAAUUCAAAGACUUGGAUAAAGAGAAGAAAAACAUAGUUGUUCAGGUCACCAGAGAUGGAUGCAGGCAGAAGAUUUCUAUCUAUGAUUUGGUGGUUGGGGAUAUUGUUCAUCUAUCAAUUGGAGAUCAAGUUCCUGCAGAUGGUGUUCUUAUAUCUGGUUACAGCUUAUCAAUUGAUGAAUCAAGCUUGUCAGGUGAGAGUGAGCCUGUAACUGUUACUCAACAGAGGCCUUUUCUUCUCGCAGGGACAAAAGUCCAAGAUGGCUCCGCCAAAAUGUUGGUGACUACAGUUGGUAUGAGGACUGAAUGGGGAAGACUGAUGGUUACUCUAAGUGAAGGUGGAGAAGAUGAAACACCUCUACAGGUGAAGCUCAAUGGAGUUGCCACCGUUAUUGGAAAGAUUGGUUUGGGUUUUGCUGUCUUGACACUUUUGGUUCUGACCAUAAGGUUUGUUGUGACAAAGGCACUGCAUGGUGAGAUCGCAGACUGGUCUGUGAGUGACGCACUGAUACUCAUGAAUUUUUUUGCCACUGCAGUGACUAUUAUUGUAGUUGCAGUUCCGGAAGGGUUACCACUGGCAGUAACAUUAAGUCUUGCAUUUGCGAUGAAAAAGUUGAUGAGUGAUAAAGCUCUUGUUAGACAUCUCUCUGCAUGUGAGACAAUGGGAUCAGCUACUACCAUUUGCACUGAUAAGACGGGGACACUGACUACUAAUCAUAUGGCUGUCAAUAAAAUUUGGACUUGUGGACGAACAAUAAAAAUUGAAGGCAACCAAAGUGAGGAAGUUUUGCAGUCCUCAAUCACUGGAGAAGCAUUCAACAUACUUUUGCAGUCCAUAUUUCAAAAUACGGGUGCAGAAGUAGUCAAAGGAAAAGAUGGAAAGAAUAACAUAUUAGGUUCUCCAACAGAGAUAGCAAUAUUAGAGUUUGGUUUGCUUCUGGGGGGUGACUUCAAAAUCCAUAGGAAGGAAUCUGAAAUUCUGAAAGUUGAGCCCUUCAAUUCAGUGAAGAAAAAGAUGUCCGUCCUUGUCUCCCUAUCUAACGGUGGUGGGCACAGAGCAUUUUGCAAAGGUGCAUCAGAAAUAAUUUUAAAAUCUUGCAAUAAGAUAAUCAAUGCUGAUGGGAAUGCUGAGCCUCUAUCCGGAGAACAGAAGAAGUGCAUCACUGAUGUGAUUAAUGGCUUCGCCUGUGAAGCCCUAAGGACUCUAUGCUUGGCUUUCAAGGAUGUAAAGGACACUUCUAAAGGAGACAGCAUUCCUGAAGAUAACUAUACACUCAUAGCUGUGGUUGGAAUUAAGGAUCCUGUGCGUCCGGGGGUAAAGGAAGCAGUGAAAACUUGUUUAGCCGCUGGGAUUACUGUGCGGAUGGUCACUGGAGACAACAUUAAUACCGCUAAAGCUAUAGCAAGAGAAUGUGGAAUUUUGACAGAUGAUGGUUUGGCAAUUGAAGGGCCUGAUUUUCGUGACAUGAGUCCGCAGCAGAUGGAGGAGACACUUCCAAAACUGCAGGUUAUGGCCCGAUCAUUGCCCUUGGAUAAGCACAAGCUAGUAACCCACUUGAGGAAGGAGUUUAAAGAAGUCGUGGCAGUGACUGGUGAUGGGACAAACGAUGCACCUGCUUUGCAUGAGGCUGACAUUGGACUUGCUAUGGGAAUAGCCGGAACAGAGGUUGCAAAAGAAAAUGCCGAUGUUAUCAUAAUGGAUGAUAAUUUCACGACUAUUCAGAAUGUUGCCAGAUGGGGGCGUGCAGUUUAUAUCAAUAUCCAAAAGUUUGUACAGUUCCAGCUCACAGUUAACAUUGUCGCUCUCAUGCUCAAUUUCAUUUCUGCAUGCAUCUCAGGUUCUGCUCCUCUCACGGCUGUUCAGCUGCUGUGGGUGAACAUGAUCAUGGACACUCUCGGUGCAUUGGCAUUGGCUACAGAACCUCCUCAUGAGGGCCUGAUGAAAAGACCUCCUAUUGGAAGGGAUGUAGCUUUCAUCACCAGGAUCAUGUGGAGGAAUAUCAUCGGCCAGAGCAUUUAUCAAUUGAUCGUACUUGCAAUUCUCAAGUUUGAUGGCAAACGGCUUUUGCAGCUUUCUGGUUCAGAUGCUACUGCCACUUUGAACACAGUCCUCUUCAAUACCUUCGUAUUUUGCCAGGUGUUCAAUGAAAUCAAUAGCAGGGAUAUGGAGAAGAUAAAUGUUAUCCGAGGCAUCUUUGAUAGUUGGCUAUUCAUUAUGGUGAUGGUCUCUACAGUGGCUUUCCAAAGCAUAAUAGUCGAAUUGUUGGGUACUUUUGCAAACACUGUGCCACUGAGCUGGGACUUAUGGCUGGUCAGCAUCUUACUCGGAGCAGGAAGCCUCAUCGUUGCUGUUAUCCUCAAAUGCAUUCCCGUUGAGAAAAGCAAGGAAGUUCCCACAACCACGAACCAUGAUGGCUACGAACCACUCCCAAAUGGUCCAGAUAUGGCAUGAAUCAUCCAGGUCGUUAGAAAUGCCAAUGCAGGUUCAGACUCGAGGAAAUCAAUUCAAAACGAUGGUCGUAACAUAUAGGCAAAACAAAAUUCUUUCAUUGGAGAGAAAUUCUUACGAUUCUUUAUUCUUUUGCAAAUUUUAAACCGACUUGACAGCCUUUUUUGCCAGCAAAUCAACAACAAUCUUCCUAACCUUAAUCUUGAAACCUUACCCUAAU